UCUUCAACGGUUUUAUAUAAGCCUCUACAUCUCUACCCAAAUCCUUUCCAUUCCAUUGAGAACUCAAAACGCCCCAGAAGAAAAUCCAAAAAAAUCCAAAACGUGGAAACAAGAAACAAUCGAGAACAAACUCAUCAUCAAAGCUCUCCGAGUCAUGGCUGAUGAUUUUGAUGCAGCAGGAAUCAACUGGUGGGGCACUGCAAGAACAAGUGGAAACAGCACGACCACCACCACUAGCUUCGACUGCUUCGCCUGCGAUCGCAGCUGAGCAGUCUGUGUCCGGCCCUCUGCUCGAUUCAUCGCUCCAAAUUCCAGGUUUCAACGUUGACUGGAAUCAAUCCUUACUUAAUAGCACUGGAAGAGCUGAGCCUAGCUUUCAUGCCUUGCUUCAAGAAUCCGUAAGUUAUCCGACGAUCGACACAAGUCAUAAUCAACAAUUCUUGCUCGACCACAACCAGCAGCAAUCACAGCCAGGACUGUCGAUGAUGCUGCAAGGAUUAUUCGAGCCAGAAACAAAAGCCCAACAACAGCCCAUUUUCGAUCAUCAUCAACGUCCGCUGAGCUAUCAAAAUCCUCCUCUGAUGACGAUGAAGCAUCAUCAAAGCAGUGCAAGCAACUUGCAGUUCGCGAACAGCACUGCGUUCUGGAACGCGUCGGCUAGCGCUGUCGGAUAUAAUCCAUCCGUGAUUCCAGUUUUUGAACAGAAGCCUGCUAAGUUGAAUUCGGACAGCGUACAGAAAAAGAGCGGAUGCAGUGGAAGCAGCAGUGGCAGUGAGCCUGCAUUGAAAAAGCCUCGAGUAGAAGCACCAUCGCCAUUGCCAACCUUUAAAGUUAGAAAAGAGAAAUUAGGGGACAGAAUCACCGCACUCCAGCAACUGGUUUCGCCUUUUGGAAAGACUGAUACAGCAUCAGUUCUUCAUGAGGCAAUUGAGUACAUUAAGUUCCUACAUGAGCAAGUCAGUCUCUUGAGCACUCCAUACUUGAAGAAUGGGCAUCCCGUGCAACAUCAACAGAGUUCAGAAAAAUCCAAGGAUGGCGAGGGACCAAGGCAGGACCUAAGAAGUAGAGGAUUGUGCUUAGUUCCGAUAGAAAGCACAUAUCCAGUGGCCAGUGAGACGACGGCGGAUUUCUGGACUCCAACGUUUGGAGGGACUUACAGGUAGAGGAGAAAGGAGCUAGGGUUUUCAUUUCAUAAUUGAGAGUGAUAGAUUAUAGGAGUUAAAAAAAAAAAGCAGCCAUGACUCCAAAAAAAAGAAAAAAAAGAAAAAAAUUGCAAGAAAAAGAAAAGGAGAAAAAGGAGGGAAAAAAGAAAGGAGGAAGGGUGGCCCUUGAAAGACAAAGCUAGUCUGGGACAGCUUAUAAAGAGGAAUGAUGAAGGGUUGGCAAUUGAGUUUGAGAAUAAUUAGCACAAUUUUAUUGUAACAGGUUGCUAAAUUUGGUAGAAAAUAGGGAGUGGGGAUAGUAAACCAAAUAGUAGCUGAAUUUAGCAAUGAGGGGAUUGUGGGGUUUGCUCAUGUUUGAUGUGUGUGUACAAGGGCUGUCAAUACCUUUCUUUUUUCUUUCUUUUUUCUUUGGGAAAAAAAUAAUAAUAACAAGGAAUAAUUGAGUUCA